UAAAAGAAUAGAGAGAAAUUGAAUCUCUGUCCUCUCUGCUCUUACCUGUCGUAUAUUGGCUCUGAGAUUUUUUUUUUGAAAGAAAAAACUCCAAAAAUGAGCAGUGAAGAAUCAAAGAGAAGCAUCACCGGAGCUCUGACGGUGAAACCGACAACCGAUGAACGGAAACAUUCUCCGGCGCUUACUGCGGAAUCGACUACUUUACGAGCCAGAAAAGUCGUCAUCAAAAGCGCCGACAUGAGAGACGACGUGCAAAAAGAAGCUGUCAAUAUUGCCAUCUCCGCAUUUGAGAAGAACAAUGUAGAGAAAGAUGUGGCGGAGCACAUAAAGAAGGAAUUCGAUAAGAAACACGGACCCACUUGGCAUUGCAUCGUUGGUCGAAAUUUUGGUUCGUACGUAACUCAUGAGACAAACCACUUUGUUUAUUUUUAUUUAGAUCAGAAAGCGGUUUUGCUCUUCAAAUCCGGUUGAUCGUGUUUGUUAUAACGAUGAAGAGUGGUGAUCUCGAGAUCAAGAGUUUUUUACAUGUCCCAGCUGCGGUUAGAAACGGUAUGUUUUGAGCCGAAGCGUGCUUGUUUGUUUGUUUGUCAAUCCUAUAUCCUAAAGUUCUUGUGCCUAACUUGUAUAUUUCAUUACACCUGAACUCGAAUUUGAAC